AUGGUGCCUAAUAGGCCAUUGCAAAGUGGUCUUAGAGUUUUGACACAUGACAAAGAGCUUAUAGAGAUGUGUUACAUUGCUCAGACAAACAAGGGAAUUGUCCAUGUGUAUGAUGAACAUGGAGUUUCUGAACCUGUGUUUGAUGAGAAAACAGAACUAGCAUCAUCCAAAGGCAAAGAGUUAAUAGUUCUACCAGACCCUAUUCCACAUUCAUACCCCAACAUCAAUGUCACAGCCAAUACAAUUUCCACUACAUCACCACCAAUUCCAACUUCAGAACCAAUACACACCACCAUUCCUACUCCAACAACAAUCCCCACAACUAUGCCUACUGAUAAAGGUAUUUCAGGACCAAAGUAUAAGAGUCACAUUACUACAAUUUCUGUUAGUUAUUCCAAAUCACCAACCAAAAAAAUGACAGUACCCAUUGCUGCUGCUCCCACUGUUAAGCCCACCCCACCACCAAAAACAAUGGCCAAAGCCACAAUUGCUACUAGUACUAAGCCCAACCCACCACCAAAAAGAAUGGGCCAAUCCACUGCUGCUCCUACUACCAAAUCCAACCCACCACCAAAGUCAACGGCCUAG